AGGUGUUUUUGAGUGCUGCUAGAAUCUGCCCGCGCGCGCUGGUUGCUGCGUUUCCUUCAAAAGAAAGAAAGAAAAGAAAGAAACUGAGCUCCCUCAGUCUUUUAUUUCUUAAUUUAUUUUGCCGCCCUCAUUGUCUUUGUCGGCAGUCAUAAAAUAAAGCAGUUUAGCUGGUGGUCUGAACAUUUUCCCCCUUUCAUCUUUUUUUUUUCCUUCUUCUUCCUUCCUGUGUGGGAAUAAGAGAAGCAUUGCUGUUUUCUGACUUUGAGGGGAAGAGAGAAGAGGCUCCUCUGGAAUUUCCUCAGGAAUUUGAUGUGGACAGCUCCGGCUUUGUGUUCUUCCGCCUGAGGUUUUCUAAUGUAACCAACUUCUCCACACUAGGGAAAUUCAGAGGAGUUCUGUUCUUUCACCGCUCUGGUCUGAGGCAGCAAUUGCAACAGCUUAUUUUAAACUGGUGGGGUCAAAGGGGGGGCAGUGACUUAAGUGGUGUGUCGGCGAGGUGAAACUGCAGCGGCGGGCAGCAUGUUGGCAUUUGCUUGAACCCAACAAAGAAGCCUUUGUUCUUGUUCUCUUUCCUGAGAUGUCAACCACCAGAUGAGACCUGCAGCAGGUCUCAGGAGAGAGAAUGCUCCAUGACUUUCACACCUUCAACCUCAAGCUUGGAAGUUGCAGCACUCUUUCAUGUUAAUGGACCCAACGAUUACCCUCCACAGUCUGUGCAAAACAUGCAUGGAAGCCCCAGCUUUUACACUCUUGGAAAAGCAGCUUGAGUUCUGAAAGGCUGUGAAUACCCUGCAUCUGAGAAAUCAGACCAGACUGACUCACAGGGCUCUGUGAGCCAGUGCCACCGAGGCUGCCAAAGCAUGCUGGUGCCAAGCUGUCCCACCAUGCACAGAGCCAGACCCACGCUGCUGCUGCUGCUGCCGCCGCUGCUGCUUGUCCAGGGUCUGCUCCUCCACCUCGCCGACGCUCAAACACCACCAAAGUUUUUAAGAACCCCCAAUGAUCAAACAGGCGUGCAGGGAGGUGUGGCAUCCUUCAUCUGCCAAGCCACGGGAGACCCGCGGCCGAAGAUUGUGUGGAACAAGAAGGGGAAGAAAGUCAGCAACCAGAGAUUUGAGGUAGUGAUAGAGUUCGACGACGGCUCUGGUUCGGUGUUAAGAAUUCAGCCAUUGCGCACGCCUCGAGACGAAGCCAUAUAUGAAUGUGUCGCCUCCAACACUGUUGGAGAGAUAAGCGCUUCCACCAGACUCACAGUUUUACGUGAGGACCAGCUGCCCCCUGGUUUCCCCACCAUAGACAUGGGCCCACAGUUGAAAGUGGUAGAGCGAACACGCACUGCCACCAUGCUCUGUGCUGCCAGCGGCAACCCUGACCCAGAUAUCUCCUGGUUCAAAGACUUUCUCCCUGUCAACACCAGCAACAACAAUGGCCGCAUUAAACAGCUCAGAUCAGAAUCCUUUGGUGGUACACCAAUAAGAGGAGCCCUCCAGAUAGAGCAGAGCGAAGAGUCUGACCAGGGGAAGUAUGAAUGUGUGGCGACCAACAACGAUGGAACCCGUUAUUCUGCACCAGCUAAUCUAUAUGUGAGAGAGCUACGAGAAGUACGCCGGGUGCCACCACGAUUCUCCAUUCCACCCACAGACAAUGAAAUCAUGCCAGGCGGCAGUGUUAAUAUCACAUGUGUAGCAGUUGGCUCUCCUAUGCCAUAUGUCAAAUGGAUGCUGGGUGCGGAAGACCUCACUCCCGAGGACGACAUGCCUAUUGGACGGAACGUGUUGGAGCUCACCGACGUCCAACAGUCUGCCAAUUACACAUGUGUGGCCAUGUCAACCCUCGGGGUGAUAGAGGCUGUAGCUCAGAUAACUGUAAAAGCGUUACCCAAGGCUCCAGGCAUCCCAGUUGUGACCGAGCGUACAGCCACCAGCAUAACACUGACUUGGGACUCUGGUAAUCCUGAACCAGUUACCUACUACAUCAUCCAGCACAAGUCCAAGUACUCAGAUGAUUUGUACAAGGAGAUUAAUGGAGUAGCCACAACCAGGUACAGCGUGGGCGGCCUUAGUCCCUACUCUGAUUAUGAGUUUCGAGUAGUGGCGGUUAACAACAUUGGGAGAGGGCCGCCCAGCGAGAGCAUUGAGGCCAAAACAGCUGAGCAGGCACCCAGCACAGCGCCACGGCAUGUCCGAGGUCACAUGAUGAGCGCCACCACAGCUGUUAUCCAGUGGGAUGAACCAGAGGAGGCCAAUGGGCAGAUUAUGGGGUACAGAGUCUACUACACCAUGGAUCCCACCCAACACGUUAACAUUUGGGAGAAGCAGAUUGUUCGGGGGUCGAACUUUGUCACCAUCCACGGCCUCAUCCCAAACAAGACGUACAAUAUCAAGGUCUUGGCGUACACCUCCGUGGGCGAUGGGCCACUUUCGCCAGACCUGCAGAUCAUCGCCAAAACUGGAGUUCCCUCCCAGCCAACCGACUUUAAAGGAGAAGCGAAAUCAGAAACAAGUGUACUACUUUCAUGGAACACUCCGUCACAGACUGGACAAGAAAAUCAAGUCACAGGAUAUGAACUCAUUUACAGAAAGAGAGACGACAAAGAGGAGAAACAAAUCAGCUUUGAACCAACAACCACUUACCUCCUGAAAGACUUGAAGCCCUUCACCACUUACACUUUUCGACUGGCGGCCCGUAGUAAACAUGGAGUUGGAGCUUACACCAGUGAGAUCUCUGCAGAAACUCCACAGACACAACCUGCAGGCCCGCCUGAAGAAGUAAAGUGCUCUAGCCCCAGCUCCACCAAAAUCCUGGUAAGUUGGCGGGCACCCCCUGUGGAAUUACGAAACGGGAUCAUAACGCAGUACACCGUCAGCUACGCUCCAACUGAAGGGGAGGAUACAGCUGCCCGUCAAAUCUCCAACAUCCCCCCAGAAAGCUCCCAGUACCUUUUGGAGAACUUGGAAAAAUGGACAGAGUACCGUGUGACGGUCACUGCUCACACAGAUGUUGGAGCAGGACCGGAGAGCCUGCCACACCUCAUCCGCACGGAGGAGGAUGUUCCUAGUGGGCCACCUCGUAAAGUUGAGGUGGAGGCUGUCAACUCCUCAUCAAUUAAAGUUAUCUGGCGCUCACCGGUGCCCACUAAGCAGCACGGUCAGAUCCGAGGAUACCAGGUGCACUAUGUCAGGAUGGUUAAUGGGGAGCCCACAGGACAGCCAGUCAUCAAGGACAUCCUGAUUGAUGAUGCUCAGUGGGAAUUUGAAGAUUCAACUGAACAUGAAAUGAUCAUCACAGGGUUGAUGGCUGAGACCACAUAUUCAGUUACAGUGGCAGCUUACACAACAAAGGGUGAUGGUGCACGCAGCAAACCCAAACUCAUCACCACCACCGGUGCAGUUCCAGAGAAACCACGACUCAUGGUCAGUACAACCAACAUGGGCACAGCUCUCCUCCAGUGGCACCCCCCCGCAGUAACUCACGGACCUUUGCAAGGCUACCGCCUUCGCUUUGGCCGCAAGGACGUGGAUCCACUGACUGUCAUCGAGUUCCAGGAACGAGACAACCACUACACAACAAGCGAGAUCCAUAAAGGGGCCUCAUACACCUUUCGCCUUUCAGCCCGCAACAAAGUUGGCUUUGGUGAAGAAACGGUCAAAGAAAUCACCACAAAUGAGGACGUCCCUAGUGGCUACCCUCAGAACAUCAAAGCAGAGGGGGCUACCACUUCCACCAUUCAGGUUAGCUGGCAGCCUGUUUUACUGGCAGAAAGAAAUGGCAAAAUAGUGAAAUACGCGCUCCAAUACAAAGACAUCAACAGUCCACGCAGUCCCUCAGAACUCUUCAUCACCGCACCUGAAUCAACGGUUGUCCUGGAUGGCUUGAGGCCUGAUACCACUUAUGAUAUUAAAAUGUGUGCCUUCACCAGCAAAGGCUCUGGUCCUUAUAGCCCAAGUGUCCAGUUCAGAACACAGCCUGUGGAUCAAGCAGUGUUUGCAAAAAACUUUCACGUCAGAGCUGCUAUGAAGUCAUCGGUGUUACUAACGUGGGAAAUUCCAGACACCUACAACCCAGCACAACCGUUCACUAUCCUUUACGACAAAGGGCAAAGUGUUGAGGUUGAUGGGAGGUUAACGCAGAAGCUGAUCACAGGUCUUCAACCGGAGACACAGUAUUCUUUCCUCUUGACCAACCGUGGCAACAGUGCUGGAGGUCUGCAGCAUCGAGUGUCUACCAUGACGGCCCCGGACGUCCUACGCACAAAGCCAUACCUGAUUGGAAAGACCAACUCCGAUGGUAUGGUGACUGUGGAGUUGCCGACAGUGCAGACAUCGGAAAGAAUCAGGGGCUAUUAUGUUGUAGUUGUGCCUCUAAAGAAACAACGCACUGGGAAGUUUCUAAAACCCUGGGACAAUCCGGAUGAGAUGAAUUUGGAGGAGCUACUGAAGGAGAUAAAUCGAACAAGCAGGGGCCUUCGGUUUCAGAGACACGCCGAACCCAAAGCCUACAUCGCUGCCUACUUCAAAGACCUGCCCAAAGAGUUCACACUGGGAGAUGGCAAGAUCUAUGGAGACUUUGAAAACAAGCAACUCCAGAAUGGCCAGGAAUACGUCUUCUUUGUGCUUGCUGUCCUGGAGAUGUCAGAAAACAUCAUGUAUGCCACCAGCCCUUACUCUGACUCAGUCAUUUCGGCCGACAUUGACCCCCAACCAAUCAUCGACGAGGAAGAGGGUCUGAUCUGGGUGGUGGGCCCCGUACUUGCAGUUGUCUUCAUUAUAUGCAUCGUCAUUGCUAUUCUUCUAUAUAAGAGCAAACCAGACAGGAAACGAGCAGAAACUGAAGCUCGGAAAGGCAGCCUCCCCAACAGCAAAGAAAUGCCUCUUCACCACCCCACUGAUCCUGUUGAGCUGCGUCGUCUCAACUUCCAAACACCAGGUUCAGGUGCGUCCAGUCACCCCCGUAACCUCCAUUUGUCAAGUAUGGCCAACCAUCCUCCGAUCCCCAUCAGCGAGUUGGCAGAUCAUCUGGAGCGUCUGAAAGCCAACGACAACCUCAAGUUUUCACAGGAAUACGAAUCCAUUGACCCUGCCCAGCAGUUCACAUGGGAGCACUCCAACCUGGAGGUCAAUAAACCGAAGAACAGAUAUGCCAACGUGAUUGCCUACGACCACUCCAGAAUCCUGCUCUCAGCUAUUGAUGGAAUCCCAGGAAGUGAUUACAUCAAUGCCAACUACAUAGACGGCUACAGGAAGCAGAAUGCCUACAUCGCCACACAAGGGCCUUUACCAGAGACAUUUGGGGAAUUCUGGAGGAUGAUCUGGGAGCAGAGGAGCGCAGUCGUUGUCAUGAUGACCAAACUAGAGGAGAGAUCCAGGGUAAAAUGUGAUCAAUACUGGCCCACCAGAGGGACCGAGACGUACGGUCUCAUCCAGGUUUCCCUGCUGGACACAGUAGAGUUGGCGACGUACUGUGUCAGGACGUUUUCACUUUUCAAAAACGGUUCAAGUGAAAAGAGAGAGGUGAGGCAGUUCCAGUUCACUGCGUGGCCAGACCACGGGGUACCCGAGCACCCUACCCCAUUCCUGGCCUUCCUGAGGCGAGUGAAAGCUUGUAAUCCUCCAGAUGCAGGGCCUAUGGUGGUACACUGCAGUGCCGGGGUGGGACGCACAGGCUGCUUCAUCGUCAUCGACGCCAUGCUGGAGCGCAACAAGCACGAAAAGACGGUGGACAUAUACGGGCACGUGACACUAAUGCGUGCCCAGCGCAACUACAUGGUACAGACAGAAGACCAGUACGUCUUCAUACACGACGCGCUCCUGGAGGCCGUCAACUGCGGCACCACCGAAGUGCCCGCCAGAAACCUAUACGCCUACAUCCAGAAACUGACCCAGAUAGAGGGCGGAGAAAAUGUCACCGGCAUGGAACUGGAGUUUAAGCGUUUAGCUAACACUAAAGCCCACACAUCACGAUUCAUCAGUGCCAAUCUCCCCUGCAACAAGUUCAAGAACCGCCUUGUCAACAUAAUGCCAUACGAGUCCACGCGAGUGUGUCUUCAACCUAUUCGAGGGGUCGAAGGCUCCGACUACAUCAACGCCAGCUUCAUAGAUGGCUACAGGCAACAGAAAGCUUACAUUGCCACACAGGGACCACUGGCAGAGACUACAGAGGACUUCUGGAGAAUGCUCUGGGAACAUAAUUCAACCAUUGUUGUCAUGCUCACCAAGCUAAGAGAAAUGGGCAGGGAAAAAUGCCACCAGUACUGGCCAGCAGAGAGGUCGGCCAGAUACCAGUACUUUGUGGUGGAUCCCAUGGCGGAAUACAACAUGCCCCAGUAUAUUCUGAGGGAGUUCAAAGUGACUGAUGCCAGAGAUGGACAGUCAAGAACGGUUAGGCAGUUUCAGUUCACAGACUGGCCUGAACAAGGAGUGCCAAAAUCAGGGGAGGGUUUCAUCGAUUUCAUAGGCCAAGUUCAUAAAACAAAAGAGCAGUUCGGUCAAGAUGGUCCUAUCUCAGUUCAUUGUAGCGCUGGUGUUGGUAGAACAGGAGUAUUCAUCACCCUCAGCAUUGUCUUGGAAAGAAUGAGAUACGAGGGCGUAGUAGACAUCUUUCAGACGGUCAAAAUGCUACGGACACAAAGACCAGCCAUGGUCCAGACGGAGGAUCAAUACCAAUUCUGCUACAGAGCUGGCUUGGAGUAUUUGGGAAGCUUUGAUCACUAUGCAACGUAAAAGACCCAGUAUCAGAAGAUAAAAGCAGAGGACACUUUGGAAACAGAAAUCCCAGUGAGCCUCUCCUCUGAGCCAUAAAUUCCUGCUUCAGAAAGUACUCCUUAAUCCUUGCUAACAACUCAUUAAGUGUUGGAUGUGCGACAUGACUUGUCCAAAAUAAAAUGAAAACAAAAAGUAAAAAUAAAAGAGAAAAAAAAGAUGAUUCCUGCAGGACCAAGUAUUUCCCAACCCGAAUAAAACCUUGCCUUGACUCAGAGCGGGGGAAUCCUGACUGUUGAAGCACCGUGUGGAAUUACCUUUUCUGUGCUUCGAGGAUUCACUUUGGGGCUCCUAGAACUUAAUGAAAGCCGCACAACACAAAGUCAGUGGACAAUACGGCAUCUUCAGAUAAAGCAUCCGUGAUCAUGACCCAUGUACGAGAGACAUCAGAGGCACACCGGGGAGGGGGAGGAAGGAAAAAAUGUAAUGCACAUUGUAAAGAACACAAAAAUCUCUCACAAUCAUCGCAAAAGAAGAAGACGACGCCUGUCCCACAAGAACAGGACAAACUCCAAAGUAAUAAGACUUUCGUUCCCCCUUUUUUUCCUGUGUCAAAGGUCAUCAUCAACAAUUCUGGAGUGAGAGGGUAAAUGAUUUAUGAAAAAGGAAAAUAAAAAAAUAUAUUUGAUUUAGUUUUUUAGUACUUUAUUAUACAGCUGAUGUGCUUUUUUUGAACUGUGUGAAUUUUUUUUUUUUUUUUUUUUUUACAAAAAUGUAUUGCUUAGGAAUAAGUGAUGAAACAUAAUUGCGUAAACCUUUUUUUUAAGCUGUAGAACUGUUCUAGCAUUUGUGCCGUUCUCUGCAGAAUAUCUGCCUAUGUUAUUGUUUCCUCAUCCCCCCCCCCCCCCCUCUUUUAUGUUCCGUUUGUGCACCAAACAUUUAAACUACUGCAAUAUUUGUUUUUUGUUUGUUUACAUCCCAUGGUCUCACACACGGUGACCUACAUACUCCCAUACAACAAACUGGGGCUUUGUGGAAUCAACAGGGAUGAGCAAAGUAUGAAGUUGCUGCUACCGAUUAUCUUAGUUCUUCCAUGUGAUGAUGAUGAAAAGGCAGAGCCGGGUAGGUCAAAAAGAGGAAAAAACACAUUUUAUGGUAAAUAUGUAUAUCAAAAGUAUAAAUAUAGCAUAACAAAUCUAUUUAUAGGUGAAAGUUUAUGGCAAACGGAUGAAAGCUUUCAACAGUUGUGGGGGGAAUGAAGAGAUUUUUCACUGGAAUGCACAUCAGUAGGACUAAACUGUAUUCUGAUUCAGUGCAUCAUUUCUUGUGCAAUAAACAUGUGUUUGAGAUGAAUGGAAAUAAUAUUCCGUCAUGAGAUUAAUGUCCUCCCCCACCUACGGGUGCCAGUCAGUCACUGGUGCACUUUUUUAUUUUUUUGGUCCCAGCUCAUCCAGUUUGUAAGUAAAAGCAGAGGGGUCGCACAGCUCUAAUAGGGCAAGGUACAAAGACUUCACUUUCUGUUGUUCCUGCAACACAUUCAAAAGGUACAGGUGAUUUGAUUUGUUUUUUGUUUCAUUUUGUAUUUAGAGUGCCUUAUAUUUAUGCCUGUUUUUAUAAAUGUUUCAUUUUCUCAUUCAUGUAUAUUUUCUCAGUAAUCAAGGCAUUUAGUGUAACUUAUGUUUUAUUUACCUUUAGUGUUAAAAACGUGUCACAUUUUGAGAUUAUAUAUGCAAAUAAGAUCGUGUCAAAGGUUUUUCUUUUUUUCAUUUUCAGUGGCCUUACAGUGGCUGAGUGAAUUACAAGAGUUAUAAAAUCACUGACCACUACUAACCGACGAACGACCUUAUAGAUUUCAAAAUAAAGCUCCUAAAUUAUGAGAUAAGUAAAGAAAAUGUUCUAAAUUGACAUAAGGGGUGCAUGAUAAGCCAGUCCUCACAAAAGGGGUGUUACCCUGACAAUCCUGAACAGUGGAACCAUUUUUCUUUGGGUUAUUUUGUUCCCCAGCCGUCACUUGAGCAGCAUCUCGACUUUCUGAUGGCUUUGUGGAUGUGCAUUCCAGGUGCUUUCUUUCCCUUUUGUCUAUUUCAAGCAACCAUGGCUUCUGUGGUACUGUCACUUGCUUUCCUGAUUCUCUUCAUCAUGUUUUGAGAAAUUAAGUGCUAUUAUUUAAUCUAUUGGUAGUUCAAUUUUCACAGUCCAUAUGUUUAUUUUCUCAUGAAAAACUCUUUUUGUUUUGUCCAUAUGCACGGGAAAACAUAGCAGAUUGGCCACAGCUGGCCUGGUAGGAGGACUUGCACUUUUGUCUAUCUUUGUACUAUGCACUGCCCUAUUGAUUCUAGACCCAAUAAUAUAUUACUUGAACCCAUCUACAGAAACAGGAAAUCUCCACAAGCAUUCACUUUAUGUGUAUGUAAAUAACACAAGAAGAUACCAACCACUGGAAAAGACAAAAAAAAAAGUAUGUGACGAAAAAAAGAAAAGAAAAGAGCAUCCAUCCCGAUGCCGUGGUUACUCCAGCAGAUGAUUUCAGAAAAAUCUGUCCCCCAACCAUCUGUUCUUGUGGCUUUGCCAGUCAAGCUUGGAGUGUCAUCAACAGAAAUAAACAUUGUGUUCUCUGCUCUCUCUAUCUAUCUCUCGUCUGGAUGCAUAGACUGAAAAUUAAAAUGUAUUAAAAAAAAAAAAAUCACAAAAAAAAAAAAAAAAGCUUGUAAAAAGAUCAUACAAUUACCUCUGAUUAGUUGUAAGCGUAAACUGUUUCUUUUUCUGAAUGAACGGAGUGCUUUUUAUUUUCUUACUUAGGUUACAUUGUUGGAGAAAGAAGUCUGUACGAGAAUCAGCUCUUUACUGACACAAGUUCCAUUUGUUAUAAAUGAAUUCUAUUAAAAAAAUGUCAGUGUUA